UUACCGCGAUCGCCAUUGCUCAUACAAAAGCUCACAAAGACAAAUAUAUGAUCUUAAGCUUUCCGUCGUCAUUUUCAAACCCUGCAGAGAGUCCAGAUUAAACGCAUAACUUCUCGUGACUCCAAAGUCCGAGGUCAACUUUAUACCUUCAUUGUUUAUCCCAUCAACCAUAUAUAGUUUCUUUUCUUUCUUGGACAACUGGGAGUAGAGGGUCUUGGCUCUUAAGCUGAAAGGGGGUGUGCAGGGCAAGAUCAAGAUGGGUCUGCUGGGUUCAUUUUCUUCUUGUUCUUCUUUGGUGGCAUUGGUUUUGGUUUUGAGUGUGGUGGUGGUGUGUAAUGGAGGGAAGACAAGCACUUUUGUGAGGAAAGUCGAGAAGACAAUGGAUAUGCCUCUUGAUAGUGAUGUCUUUCAAAUCCCGCCUGGCUAUAAUGCACCUCAACAAGUUCAUAUUACACAAGGAGACCUUGAGGGGAAGGCAGUGAUAGUCUCAUGGGUGACUGUGGAUGAACCAGGAUCGAGUACUGUGAUUUAUUGGAGUGAAAAUAGCAAGGAAAAGAAACAGGCCAAGGGCAAAGUUCUUACCUAUAAGUUCUACAACUACACUUCUGGUUUCAUUCACCACACAACCAUAAGAAAGUUGAAGUUCAACACCAAAUAUUACUAUGAGGUUGGGAUUGGCCACACUCCACGGCAGUUCUGGUUUACAACUCCCCCUGAAGUUGGCCCUGAUGUGCCUUAUACAUUUGGUCUCAUAGGGGAUCUUGGUCAGAGUUUUGAUUCAAAUAAGACACUUACUCAUUAUGAGUUAAAUCCACAGAAAGGGGAAGCAGUGCUUUUUGUUGGGGACCUCUCUUAUGCAGAUAACUAUCCAAAUCAUGACAAUGUUAGAUGGGAUACAUGGGGAAGGUUCGUUGAGAGAAGCGUCGCUUAUCAACCAUGGAUAUGGACUGCAGGGAAUCAUGAGAUUGAUUUUGUGCCAGAAAUUGGGGAAACCAAACCUUUUAAGCCAUAUACCCAUCGUUAUCAUGUGCCUUAUAAAGCUUCAAACAGUACUGCUCCCUUUUGGUAUUCAAUCAAGAGAGCUUCAGCUCACAUCAUAGUCUUGGCUUCCUACUCUGCAUAUGGUAAAUAUACCCCUCAAUACAAAUGGCUUGAAGAAGAACUACCAAAAGUUAACAGGACUGAGACACCCUGGUUGAUCGUUCUUAUGCAUUCCCCUUGGUAUAAUAGCUACAACUAUCAUUAUAUGGAGGGGGAAACCAUGAGAGUAAUGUUUGAGCCAUGGUUUGUGAAGUACAAAGUUGAUGUGGUAUUUGCUGGUCAUGUUCACGCCUAUGAACGAUCUGAACGAGUAUCCAACAUUGCAUACAAUGUUGUAAAUGGCAUUUGUACUCCUGUAAAGGAUCAAUCUGCACCUGUAUACAUAACCAUUGGGGAUGGAGGGAAUCUUGAAGGCCUGGCAACCAACAUGUCGGAACCACAGCCGGCGUACUCGGCUUAUCGUGAGGCCAGUUUUGGUCAUGCCGUCUUUGAUAUCAAGAACCGAACGCAUGCUCACUAUAGUUGGCACCGUAAUCAAGAUGGAUAUGCAGUGGAUGCAGAUGCUUUGUGGUUUUUCAACAGAUACUGGAAUCCAGUUGAUGAUUCCACAAAUAGCCAAUCCUGAUGAAAUAAAUUGCUGUAUGCUUUAUGGAAUAAAUGAUCUCAUUCUGAUAUAGUUGAACAUUGGUAUCAAUCUUUUCUUCAACCCUUUAUUGUUCCA